UUUAAUCAAAUUCGGUUGUAUUAACGAAAAAAUCAAUUUUGAGUCAAAAUCAGAAUAAAUGACAAAGAUUACUUAUAAAGCUUUUCGGCAGCAAAAUUUGCAUCGAUUUCUUGUUAAGUAUCCAUUUCUCAAUAAAAGUCAAAUAAAUUUAAAAGUUAGACAAGUAUGGGUGAAUGUAGUUAAAAAUUACGCGGAAGAACAAAAAGGAUAUGACUUCAUUGGAAAUAAUCUUCACUUUCAUCAUAAAGAAAUCUACUACAAAUCAAACAGGUUAAUAAAAUCUAUAUCUAUCUUGGACCACGAAAACAUAUUGCUAAAUAGUUUUUUGCAAGAAAAAAAGAUAUUCAACAACACCCAUAAGCUAACUUGUACUAAAGUAUUGACAAAAGUAUCAACAAAAACUUGUAGUGAUUUUAAAAAAAUAACGGACAAACAAGUUAUUGACUCAAAAAAGGUAUUAAAUGAAGAAGUUAUUGACUCAAAAAAGGUAUUAAAUGAAGAAGAUAUUGACUUAAAAGAGAAAAACAAAUUUUCUAUUGAUACAGGGUUUUUAACUGGAAUGUUUAGCUCAAAAACAACACUGCAGCAAAAUGGUUUUUCAAACGGGCGCAGUCUUGUAUGCCAUGGAGGAAAAGGUUUAUCGUUUUGCUCGUUGUUUGAUGAGAACGAUGAUAUAUUUUCUUAAAACUUUAUUUUCAUCAACAUUUGUAAACAUUAAAGUUUUAUUCAAAAUAAAUGGUAUAUAAAUA